AUGGAAUACAGUCUCCAAGCAUGCGUGGUGUCUCCUUGCGUCCAGCAUGCUUCUGAAAAGCCACACUCGAACGCCUGUCUGUCUUCAGCAUCCAACACCUCUGAUAGACUGCGUCCGAGCCUAGAAGCUCCCUUUUGCAGGCAGGCAUCUCUGCCUUCCCUGCUUAGGACCCAGCAGGCGUCGGCGAAGGCGUCUCGGCUACAGCCGCAGCAGCUCCGGGCUGAGGAGGUGGAGCUGCAGUUCUUUAAAAAGACCAGCCUUGUUUACUGCAAACGAGAAACGAGUCGGACAGAGCCGGGGCCGCGGCGUCGCGCUGCUCUGGCCAUGGAGCCCAGCUGGGCUCGGGCGCUACUUGUGAGCUGCUGGGCACUGCUCGCCUUGGCCUCCGCCGCCGAAGAUGUUACCUCUAGUGUAUUACCUGCUGUUACCGCCAAAACUAUGGAUGCUGCAGAAGGAGACCACAUUUUUGAAUCUGCUAAUAGCUUACCAUCCCGGAGUGAGGCAGCUGCUGUUCAGCCGGUCGUUGGGAUUAGCCAGCGGGUCAAGAUGCGAUCAAAUGAAAAAAAAGAUUUGGGCACCCUAGGCUAUGUGAUGGGACUUAUCAUGAUGGUGAUCAUCAUUGCCAUUGGAACAGGAAUUGUUGUGGGCUACAUCUACAAAAGGGGGAAAGAUCUCAAGCAGCAGCAUGAGCAGAAAGCUUAUGAGCGUGAAAUGCAGAGGAUCACGUUGCCACUCUCAGCAUUCACCAACCAAGCCUGUGAGCUGGUGGACGAGAACACGGUUGUGGUGCACACCACUCAGACACCUGUGGAGGAAAUGCACAAUGGCGAUGCACCCUUGAUGGGCCAGGCAGGCACUCCCGGAGCCUGAUCACAGAGCGCUAGAAGAUAACUCUGCUUUGACCACCACAAGCCCCUCUCCUCUCAUCCUUGAUAAUGGGAGUUGGUUUUUUUUUUCUGGUAAGGGAGGGAUAAGAUGCCCACACAGAGAGAAAAGAUUUGUAAAGGGUGUCAGUACUGGCUCAUCCACAGUAGUCUGCUGAUGCAGAGCAGAUCCCUGGACUGUAGGACUAGUGGAGCUCUGGCCUGAAGCUGUUCUUCCUCCUGUGUCUCUAGAGUGCUACAAGUGAAGUAGCCCUGUGAUUCCUGCAGUGGAGUGCAGCAAGUCUGCUGCUAAGGAGGCCACUGUCCUCUCCCUUCAGUUCUCCUUUCAGUGUGGAUGGUGUUCACAAUUCUUGGUACCUAUAAGCUCUUUUAACUGGGGUGGGUGGGGAGCUUAAGAAAGGUGUGUGAAUAUCUGGAAUGUAGAUUUUAUUUUUGUGUGUGUGACAGCUGCCAAAGGAGCAGCAGUGCCACCACCAAAACCCUAGCACAUGUCGGUGGUUUAGUGAUUGAGGAAUUUUAUUUGGCAGUCAAUAUUCUAAUUUUUAAAAAGCCAGGUAGUCUGUGGGACACUUCCCAUAUGCUGAAGAUUCAGCUGUAGCGGAGAAUGGCUUCCUUGGCACUGGGCCAAGGGAGGAUGGGAAGAAACAGCAAAAAAAACCC